ACAAAGGAGAAACAUCAGUUGUAGUUAGAUCAUGUGUUCGGACCACAAAGGAUGUGGUAACAGUUUCAGACACUGAUAAUUAACCACCACAUAAUGUGGAACGAAACGAUAUAGCGCUUCCCUGAUGGCAGCAAAGAAAUUUUGAGUCAUGAGAGAUCCGAAGUCCAUAUAAGAUCUUCUGUAUCUUGGAAUGUCUGCCUUUCCCUUAAAGUAUAUUUAUGUAUUCUGUUAUUACCGAGAAAACAAACUUUGCUGUGUCUUCAUGCUCAGUUAUGUGGUACCUGUCCAUAGUAUUUACCUACACAGUAUAUGGAACCCGUGGUUGUGUGAUAACCAGUCCAGACCAGAAAGCUAAUGCUGGGACAGAUGUCCAUUUGUCGUGUAAUUUCUGGCAAUGUCCUGGACCUCUGGACGUCAUGUCUCUUAGUGUAGAGUGGGAAUUCAAGGAUAUCUCCUCUGAGCCAAAAAUAAUCAUCUACUACAUCAGAAACCAAACUGUACCACUUCCUGGUGUGUUUUUUCAGGGAGAUGUCAAAUUAGGGAGUUUUGAUAUACAUCUCCCAUCUGUGACCCAUGAGAACAAUGGAACUUAUUUAUGUAGAUUGCGUCUCAAUGGCAUUUUUCACAAGAACCAGACACAGCUCAUUGUGCAGUCAGCACUGACCAGGAGAAACAGUCUAGAUGUUAAUCAUCUGCAGAAACAUCCUCCCUGGUUGCUGCCUCUGGCAUCUGUGGCAUCAGUGGCUGGGGUUGUGUUACUAACUGGUACAGUGUUUUUGGGGAGGAAAGCUUACAGAUCAUCCCAGAGAGAAAACAACUCAAAGUGGGAUUCAGCAUGCCUGACCUUGCAGACGUGAACAGUCCUCCCAGCAGUCCAGAUAACAUCUAUAUUACCAUGCAUGGUUUCCCAUUCGCACCAGACGCUCCUGUAACAGCUGGACGCAACAGAUGUCUUCCCUCUGAUUGGCAGCCGAAGGAUGAGGAACCUGUAUAUG